CGCAAGAGGUAACAUUUACGCGCCAAGAAAAGUGGACAUCAGUUCCGGUUUUUACCCUUUAAUUCAACGUUAUAGGAUAGGCUACACAUUUAUGCAGUCACACAUUGAUUAAAAUGUGGACAGUUCCGAAGCCAAAAUAUAGAACUGGGUUGUGCGCCGAGGGGGAGAUUACUGUGAACAUUGGCGGAGUCCGUGUGGUGCUUUUUGGGGAGGUUUUGAACCGCUACCCGGACAGCAGACUAACGGAACUGUUGAACUGCUCAACCCAGAACCAUGAAGUCAUCUCGUCGCUUUGUGAUGACUUCGAUCCAUGCAGAAAAGAGUUUUACUUUGACCGAGAUCCGGAUGCCUUCAAGUGCAUUAUAGACGUUUACUACUUUGAUGAAAUCCACAUUAAACCCGGCAUUUGCCCCAUUUGUUUCAUCAAGGAGAUGGAGUUCUGGAAAAUAGAUCAAAAUGUUUUAGACGAGUGCUGUAAAAGUUACCUAAGUGAGAAGAAGGAGGAGCUGACAGAGAUUGCAAACAAAGUGAAAGUGAUCCUGGAGGAUCUGGAGGUGGAUGAGUGCAUUACGCGCAGCCAGCGGUGCCAAAGGUUCCUGUGGAGGCUGAUGGAGAAGCCGGCUUCAUCCCUGCCGGCGCGCAUCAUUGCCAUCGCAUCCUUCCUCUCUGUCCUGGUCUCGGCGGUGGUGAUGUGCGUGGGGACAAUCCCGGAGCUCCAGGUGACGGACGUGGAGGGAAAACUGGUGGAGCACCCGAUCCUGGAGGGGAUCGAGACCGCCUGCAUGUUAUGGUUCACCGUGGAGUACUUCCUGCGUCUCGCCUCCUCUCCUAACAAGCUGCACUUUGCGCUUUCCUUCAUGAACGUCAUUGACUUCAUGGCCAUCAUGCCGUUCUACGUGGUCCUGUCCCUCACUUACCUUGGCACCACGUCCAUGAUGGAGCUGACCAACGUCCAACAAGCGGUGCAGGCGCUGCGCAUCAUGCGUAUCGCGCGUAUUUUCAAGCUCGCUCGCCAUUCAUCCGGACUGCAGACUCUGACCUACGCACUCAAGAAGAGUCUAAAGGAGCUGGGGCUGCUCCUCAUGUACAUGGGCGUGGGGAUCUUUGUGUUCUCGGCGCUGGCAUACACCAUGGAGCAAAACCACCCAGAGACGCUUUUCAGAAGCAUCCCGCAGUCUUUCUGGUGGGCCAUCAUCACCAUGACCACGGUGGGCUACGGAGACAUCUACCCCAAAACCACGCUCGGGAAGUGCAACGCAGCCGUGAGCUUUCUGUGUGGGGUAAUAGCCAUCGCAUUGCCCAUCCACCCCAUCAUUAAUAACUUUGUGGUCUUCUACAAUAAGCAGAAAGUGUUGGAGACCGCGGCGAAGCACGAGGUCGAGCUGAUGGAGCUGAAGUCUGGCAAGGAUGCGCGCAGAGAAAGCAGGAAUUAACAUGAGACUGAACGCACAGCAAAUAAAGACUUUUUCCAGAGCUUUUACUGCUGUCAUGCCGGUAAUUCACUUUCUACAAGAAGGUGAAAAUCAAAAGAUCCCCUGUCCACAUCUAGUCUAGAAUCUAGUAAAUGUACAAAAUUUGGUACGCAGAGACCUUUAAAACAACACACUGAAACUUUGCCCGGUCCUGCAGACACAUUGGCCCAGCUCCAUGCAGUGACACUGUACAUAUAGCGCCGUCUCAUAUGUAGUCUUUGUAGUUGAAUGUGACUCUGCCGUGUGCUGCUUAUUACUGCAUGGUGCCGUUAUUUCGUUCCAUUACUCUUGUUUUGUUGUAAUGGAACAAUAAGUUGUGCAUGAAAACCCUGUGGAGUACAGAGGCGAUUCAAGCCCUAAACUUGACCUCUAAAAAAGAACUGAAUAAAGGAGUUCUGCUCUAGGAAUACCACAGCAAAGUGAAACUAAACCCAGAAUCUAAAUGCAGAGAUCAUUCAGGGAAAUUUUUUUUAGCUAUCUUACAGAACAUACAGUAGUACUUUACAGCCAAGGUCAAAAUCACAUAAAAGUCAAAUGUCCAACAGUUAUUGAAAGUAAAUUUUGGAAAGGUCUGCUUUUCCAUAGAUAAAUAUCCAAUUUCAUUUGUAAAACCACCUCACUUUUGUAAUAAUGGCCCUGUGGUUCAGCAUUAAAGGACGUUUUCUCA